GUGCUGUUCAUUUUAGCAACUCCAUGUCUUCCGGUGACGUCAAGUUCGUAGGUUGUGUUUCGGCUCGAUGAUCGUCUCCAAAGUCAAUUUAGCCGUAUUGGAAUGUUUUGUUAUCGUCUCGCAGCGAAUCUGAUCGCUCUUCCUGUCCACUUGAGAGGAUAAUCAUUACCACUCAGCCAGUUUGACCACAUCUGGAUGUCUGCCAUUCCCCCCAUCCUGCCCAGUGCCACGUGACACCAUGGAUGAGGUCAACCUGGAGGCAGCCAUCACCACCUAUGAAGCCCAGCUGCAGCAGGUGGAUGCCACCCUGGCAGCUGGCCUGGACCCCUCCCAGAUGCAGGACUUGCUCAAGCUGAGAGCGGACCUGUGUCAGCUGAUGGAACUCACCAAGGCCAGCUUCUUGUCUUUCCCGCAUCUGGGGGAUGCCAAUGUAGCCUCCCCGGGGGAUGCCGCCAGUGGAGCCUCCCCGGGGGAUGCCAGUGGAACCUCCCUGAGGAAUGCCAACAGAGCGCCCAUGGGGGAUGCCAAUGGAGCCUCCCCGGGGGGUGCCAACGGAGCACCGGCGGACACACAGGAUCAACUGGAAUCCCAGUUUGCGGCUUUCUACUCUGAACUGGGGGAGUCCUCGGGGACUGGGUGUGAUAUGAAGGAGCGAGACCAGGAGAGUGACGAGGAAGAGGAGGAGACGCUGAGUGGUACCAAAGUAAGAGCACCGUACAGGACGGCGUGGGGGACCCUGGAGUACCACAACGCCAUGGUGGUGGGGGCAGAAGCACCUGACGGCGAUGAGGCGCAAGUUCGAGUUUUGUACAUUUACCCAACUCAGAAGUCCAUGAAGCCCUGUCCUUUCUACCUGGAGGACAAGUGUCGCUUCCCAGAUAACUGCAGGUUCUCCCAUGGAGAGGUGGUGUACGUGUCAGAGCUCCGAGACUUCCUGGACUGUGACCUGAGUAACCUGGAGAAAGGCUCGUCCUGCCUGGCUCGGCACGAGGACUCCAUCUGGUACCCGGCCAGGAUCACAGAUGUCCAGCAGGGGUUCUACACGGUGAAGUUUGACUCCCUGCUGCUAAAAGAUGCUGUCAUGGAGGCCGACUGCAUCAUCCCCCCGCUGAGAGAAGAAGACCCGCCCUCCUCUGACUCUGAUCGCCAUGAUGAAGAUGAUGAUGAGGAGCAGGUGGUGGAUGCUGAAGUCAGCGGUCAGGAAGUGGCUGCAGUGGCUACUUCCUGUUUUGGCGGUUGGGAGGUCCACACCAGAGGCAUCGGAUCCAAGCUCAUGCUGAAGAUGGGCUAUGAAUAUGGCAAAGGUUUAGGGAAAGCGCAGACGGGUCGAGUGGAGCCCGUCCUCCCCAGAAGUGACUUGCUGGACCGCUGCGGCCAGCUCACCAGCCCACAUUCUCACAGCCGACGGCAAAAAGACGGCGGCCAGCCAACCGGACAAGUGAGGCGGCGGCGGAAGCCCAGGAGCGCCGGCAGGGAGCGCCACACCGUCUUUGACUUUCUUAACCACAAGCUGGGCGACAAGAAGCAAGAUGAGGCCCAGGAAAAGGCGGCACUGGGUGGUGUGGACGCCUACAAUGGUGGUGUGGACACUUACAAGGGUGGUGUGGCCGCCUACAAGGGUGGUGUGGCCGCCUACAAGGGUGGUGUGGAUACUUACAAGGGUGGUGUGGAUACUUACAAGGGUGGUGUGGCCGCCUACAAUGGUGGUGUGGACACUUACAAGGGUGGUGUGGAUACUUACAAGGGUGGUGUGGACACCAAGCGCAGUCUGAACAUCAAACUGUUCCAGGCUGCCCAGAAGGUGGCACAGACGCAGAAGGAGAUCCACAACCUGACUCAAGCACUCAGGAGGCACACAGGAAGGUCCACGGUGAAGCAGCUGGAAGAGAAGCUGUCGAUGGCUCGUCAGCUGCUGACUCAGCAGAAAGCUCAGGAGUUGUCCAUCCAGAAAGAACACAGCAAGUUAAACACACACAAGAAAAUGACCCACUUCUGAACUUUGACUAAAUCAUGGACUUCAACUUGCAUCUCUCCUCAUGCUUUUCUUCUUCUUCACAUUGAUGAGCAGUUAGGAUUGAUCUUAAUUUCCCCUCUGAGAUUAUUAAAGUAGUUCUGAUUCUGA